AUGAAUAACGAGAACAAUAUGGACACCUCUGGAGAAGCAACAGACCAGUCUCAUGCCUUCCAAGCAGAAAGCGAGGACCCGGUUUCUAACCUCACUCAACUGACCGACGACAUCACUAGCCAGCUCGCCCGAGCAUUUCACAUCACAGACCAUCACGAUGACCCGCUUUUCUUUCCAGCUUUGUUUACAAGACCUGUGAAUAUGACGGCAACAGAGCAGGAUAAAAGGGAAGAUCCCGAUGCAAUGUCCCUAGACUCUUCUCCCCAGACUCUGCACUCAGUGUUUGGAGCUGGUGCGAAGCCCAACACACAAGGAUCCCCUUCAACCAGUGCUGGUUCUCAAGAGAUCAACAAUACAACUGCUGCAGCUCGCAGCCUCGCAGGCAUUCUGAAGAAGAACAAAGGCGCGAAGGCAGGGAAGAAAGUCCAGUUCGCAGCCUCUCCAGAAAAGGUAGUAAAGUGCUACAAAUCUUCUCCAGCUGAUACAGAGCUUAAGAAGAGGGACUAA